AUGUCAAACCCUGCCGAUCCGUAUCUCAUUUCACAAUCCCCCGAAUACUUAGGUGGUGAGCGUGGUGCUUUUCCUCUUGGUUCUUCUCAUCUUGCAGCAGUAGCUGCUGCUACUGCUGUUUCCACUCCUCAUAGUCGAGUGGGAGGUGGUGCUCUUCGUGCUAAAACAUCUGCUCCUCAUCUCGGUCGUGGUAUCUCUAAGCCUGCAGCUACUAGUCGUCGUCCUCUUCCAUCUACUACUCGUCCUGCCUUUCCUUUUUCUGUUCGUGGUCGUAAAAGUGUCGGUGGACCUAUCUUUGAACAUGGUGGUUGGCGUCCAGGUGAACAUUCUUCCCCUACUGUUCCUCUUUCCGUUUCAAGUUCUCCCGAUGCCUUUGGUCCUGCUCAACAUGCCAUUGUACAGCUACAGAGACCUCAGCAACUACCUCAGCAACUACCUCAGCAACAGCAUUUCUCAACCGACAAGGAUUGGAGAAGCUUUGGUCCUGGCCCCCAGCAUCAGCCGCAGCGUUGA